AUGGCCCCUCGCAAGCGAAAAGUGGCGGUGCCGGUCGCUGGGCCGUCGCCAGAAAAGGUGAAAUAUAGUACCGCCGUCAUUCAGACCGUGCUGAACGCGCAGCAAAAUCAAACGUCGCAUGCGAAGCUGGUCAAACAGCUCAAGGGUCUCUACGCAACGGUUCAGCACGAUUCGUUCAUGAAGUCGUUCCUGCAAGUGGUCAAGCGCCAGAUGGAGCACGAAGAGGCGAACGAGUAUGCGAACAAUGUGCUCCAGUUUUGCGCCAAAUUCGUGGCUGACCCCGAGUACAGCGAGCAGGCCGAAACGCAUCCGAUUAUGGCAGGCUUUUUCAACUGGCUGUUGAGCACCUCGAGCUCGUUGCAAUUGGUUCGCUUCCGGAUAUGCCAACUGGUGAACCUGACGCUGAACGCCCUCGGAUCGGAUGCCACGCUGGACGAUACGAUCUGUGACAAAAUUCUGCGCAUCAUGCUCGAAAGGAUGCGCGACUCGUCGCAGCAUGUGCGCGUGCAGGCCGUACUGGCGCUGCAGCGGUUGCAGGACCCCACCACACCCGAGGACGGCGUGUCCCGGGCGUACAUCUACCAUCUGGACAAGGACCCGGCGGCGAAGGUGCGCCAAACGAUCAUCACUUCGCUCGGGCGCAAUUACCGCUCGCUACCGCACAUCAUCGAGCGCCUGUGGGACGUGGAAGAGCGGGUGCGGCGCCACACGUACAUGCAGAUGAGCAGCUUCCCCGUGCGCCAGUACAAGGUGUCCCAGCGGCUCAAGUUUCUCGAGCAGGGCCUCGAGGACCACUCCGAGAGCGUGCGGAAGGUGGUGCGCAACGUCAUGAUUCCCCAGUGGAUCGAGUCGUAUCAACGCGAUUACGUCGCGUUCAUCGAGGGUCUCAAGAUCGAUGCAGACGACCAGGAGAUUGAACGGUUUCACAAGACCUCCAAAAUGGUUCUUUUCGAGGUAUUAAGCAAACACGGAGUAAAGGAAAUGGCGGACAUGCUCAAGUUCGGACCGGAACAUAAGCACGUACCACUGGGCGAUCUUACGAUAGAGCGCGUGAUUUGCUGGCACGCGAUGCUCGAGUACCUGCACCGGCUCGAUUCGGACGAGCUGGAGGACUAUAUGAUGGAACUGAGCAAGUAUUGCGAAUUCAUCAAGGAAUUUAUCGAAAACACAGGCGAGGCGGGCUUUAUGAAAUCGUCCGGCACGGUCAACCAGUCCAUGGCGAGCCCGACGCACCGGAGUGCGAUGGACAAGCUGCAGCAGCUUUAUUUUCAGCACAUCCUACAUACGUUGCUCGAAAUCGUCGCCAUUUACGACUACUCGGACGAGUUCGGUCGCGACAGCCUGAAGCUGGUGCUGUCGGAUGUGCUGUGCAACGAGACGCUGCACGAGAUGAACGUCCGGUUGAUUAUGCAAACGUUCGAGAAGCUGCUGCCGGACGUGGAGACCCGGUUCAAGUUCUUCGUCGAUCUUGUCAACUCGGUGCUCGAGCCAUCGCGCGUGGACUUCUCGAACAGUUCACGGUCCCUCGUUGAUACGUACUUCGAGCGGUACCCGGAUCAAACCAGCCUCAAGUUGAAGAUAUCGGCUCUUCGGCUCGAAAUAAUGGACCUGAAGGAGCAGGAAACUAUGCGGGUCCAGCAGAAGGAUUACGCGGGAGCACAGCACGUGUCCGAGCGGCUCAACGCCAGCAACGAGGAGUACGCCAAUCUGGUGAAGCCCCUCGUGCAGGAAAUGUCACAGACACUCUCGAGCAGCAACACCAGCGCCGGCAUCGACAGUGUGGUGUUCCGCGAGUCGAUGCUGAGACCACGUCGCAUGACGCAGGAGACGAUCAACAAGUGUCUGCAGGUGUGCUUCUACCUGGUCAACAGUACGUCCGUGCGCAUGCUGACUCCGGUCAUGUGCGAUCUGUAUACAUCGUUCAUCAGUCGGUACGUGCAAUCGCCCGAACUGCACACGCGCAACUGGGCCCUGCGCACGUCCACCGCUUUCAGCAUGCUGUACGAUGGGCUGAGCAAGGACACGUUCCAGCUGCUGUACCAACAGUUUCUGCACACUGCCUCCACGCGCCUCUGGAAAACGGCGAUCGAGUGUGUCUUUGAGCUGCUCGAUCGGUACGGCUUCGAGCAUUUCGAUCUCGAGGACGACUCAUCGAAGGAUGACUCGCGGACGAGCAAGAGCUCCCGCCAGCUGUUCAACCGACAGAGUGGCUCCCAGCUGGACGAAUCGGGUCCAUCGUGCAACAGCAACGAGUUCUACAAAAUGUCCAUCCACUUCAUGGACACGUGCGACGAGAGUACCAUUUGUAAGACGAUCAUCGAAGGUUUCUGCCGGCUGGUGCUCCACUUUCGCUGCAACUCGCCAGACAUUGUAUCGAAGCUACUGUUGCGUUACUUCAAUCCUAGGACGGAGCCGGAGACGCAGCAAAUUUUGGGCAUCUUUUUCGAGGCCCUCCACAACCGGAAGCGCCAGGAUCUGCUGCAGAAAGCAUUGCUUGGCACCCUCUUUACGAUUCUGGAAGCGCCCAGCACGAACCCACUGGCCGAAGUACGGCCCGAGACGGUGGUCAAGUUCGUGAUCAACCUGACGCGGCCCGUGUUCUGCAAUCCUGGCAUCAAUCCGCACAACACGAUCGCGGUUACGUUCCUGCGCGUAAUGCAGGACAACCUCAACUUGAAGGACCUGUUGAAGCUGAUGAGCGGUGCACUGGUGGGGCUGGAAGUCUCGGAAGAUCCGGCAUUGCGCAUCGAUCUGGCGACGGCGGCCAACGAGAUCCUCCAGGAGCCUGGCCUCGAUCCGAAGAUCGUCAAAGCCUUGACCAUCUUCCGGGAGCGGAUGCGGGGCACGAUUGCGGAGACCCUUUCGUUUUCCUCGUCGCGCGUGCCAACCGUGAAUGGCUCGGCCAGUGACGAGCAAACGCUCGUUGGUGAAACUGGUGGAUGGAAGGCACCCGACGGUGGUGUAGAGGAGGAAGAACAGGAAGAACGCGACGAACCCGGCGAAUCGGACAAUGACCGGAGCGAGUCGCCGCCUCCCACCAUUAACAAAUCCAUUUUAGAGGAGGACUCCGACACCGAUCUGUUUUCCUCUCCGCUACGAUCGCAGCAACAGCGUCCAUCGGCGACCAAAUCGGGAAGCACUGGCACGGGCGAAGUGAGAUCGCCUGCUACCGGGAUUGCUAAUUCGCCCAUUUCCUCAGCCUCUUCACCACGAAUCGGGGGAUCGCCUCAAUCGUCACGCAGUGCCGAUGGAACGUUUAAAGUUCCGCACGCUUCGGCGAUGCGUAAGAUCCGAGCGGCUUCAAAUCGUAGCAAACCACCGGCGACAGAUAGCAGCGCCGUGCCGGAAGAGAGCGUCGGUGUCCCGAGUGCGCAGGACGAGGUGUUAGUUCCUGCUACGCAGGAAGACAGCUCGGACGAUGAAGGGCAAACUAUGAACCACAAGGAUACACAGCAAUCGACCCCAUUAAUGGCUUCACCAGCUAGCCACAAUACUCCUUCCUCUCGCCGGAGGAGCUCGCGUCGAUCCAGUUUAUCUGCGUCCUCGUCCGAGGGCGAUGUUGUGAAUUCGUCACCCAAUGCCACGCAAACAAGCCGCCUCAACCGAUCAUCCGCUAAGCCGAUGGUGGCGGCCAAAACGUAUGAAAAGCGACUACACACGACUCCGAGCACGAUGCCAGCCCGGACGCGACAGGCCAAUCGAACGGAGGCACUACUCACUGGCAAAACUGUGGCACGGAAGUCACUAUCGGCGGCCCUGGCUACGGCGGCCGCAUCAUCUUUGCCGAAACCUUCGGCGCGAAUGAAACUCACAACCGCCAGUGGUAUCGAGAAAAAUGCAGCACGACAAAACCCAACCCGGCACAGCCAAAAGUUGGAAGGCGACAAAAACGUCCCAUCAAGCAGCACCGAAACAAGGACAAAACGGAACUCCCGGACAACGGUGCAGGAUAUGGUAAACGUAUCCAAGUCUAGGUCCUCGGUUAGAACGACAUUCGGGCCUGGCACAACACCUCCCGUCGCUACGAAGGACGUUGUCACCGCUUCGGCGUCGCCCGGCAAACGGUCACUUCCGAAGCGCACCUCCCGUUCCCGCCCGCUUGACAACGAUGGCGUUGGUAGCAACGAUAGUACGACGUCCACCGGCAGUCCGGUGCGGCUAAAACGGGCCGCCGUGGUUCUAACGCCACUGAGUGCAACAAGCUUGCGUCGGGCCGUUUCCGGCAGCCCAGCCACAUCGCCAGUUCGGGCCAAUGUGCCUCGUAGACCGAACCGGAAAGCUACACGAAUGUAG